AUCUUUAAUCAAAUCUCCAAAUAUUUUUCUUUGUGUAUUUGAAAGUUAAAUACUGAAAUAGUUUUUGAGUUCAUGCAAUAAUUUUUACUCAUCCAUGACUAGUUGAUGUUACUCAAUCACUGAUGUAACACACAGAUACCACAUGCUAUGCAUUUUUCUAUACCUGAUACUCAAGAAUUGAAGGAUGAGAAUGCGGCACCAUAUCAGGCAUUCAACAUUCACAUCAACGGUGUUCUACAUUGCACCCUUCGAUACAGUCAGCUAAGAGAUUUGAAUGAUCAGAUUAGAGAUCAGUUUCCAACAUCGGAAUUAGCUGAUUUUCCCCCGAAGAAAGUUUUUUCACUAAGGGGUGAAAGUUUGAAUGAGAGAAGAGUACAACUUGAAAAAUACAUUCAAAGUGUGGGUCAGAAUCAAGAAAUAUGUGCAUGUGGAACGUUCAGCUCAUUUUUACAUAAAGCUCAACAGGAAACACGGAGAGAGGAAACGAUACCAGUGUCGUUAGAUAUAUUUUUGAUGAAUGGAGCAAAAGUCACAAUUGAUAUUAAUAGCACAGAUCAAACGAAUGAUGUUAUAGAAAAUGUUGCUGCAUGUAUCGGUAUACCUGAUGACUUCACAUAUUAUUUUGGUCUUUAUUUAAUGAAAUCUGAAAAAGAUGGAAAGUUUUCGAUUGUACGAAAACUACAAGACUUCGAAUCUCCCUAUAUAUCCAUGAAAGCAUUGACAGAACGGAGAUCAUAUAAAAUAACAAUCAGAAAAGCAUACUGGGAUCAAGCAUUUGAUGACGAUAUUUUAUCAGAUACAACAACAUUUAAUCUUCUGCAUGUACAGGCUCUCAGCGAUGUUGAAAUGGGCUGGACAAUAUGUCCGAAAGAUAAUUUACAGAGAUUAGAAAGUUUGCAAAAUAGAGGAUCAAAGAGAGAGAUUGACUUUCUAUGGUGUCAGCAACUUGUUCUCCCUGACAGCUCAUUAAUUACAUUCAGAAGUUUAAAAUUGUGUCGAACUCUUCGUCAUUACGGUUAUGUGCAAUUUAAACCAUGCAUCACUGAUUUUCCAAGUGAUAAAAGACGAGUUAUUGUCAGCAUGGGAAAUUAUGAAAUACAUUUCAGGGUUCAACUAGACAAAUCUGAAGUAAAGGAAGCUGCAUUUUCUGUAACAAGGAUAAGAUGCUGGCGGGCAUCAUCGCAAUUCAAAGAAAGUGUAGAGUUAAACCAAAAUAGUCAAGUUGAACAAGAACAUCCAGUUCUUCAAUUAAGUUUUGAAUAUCUUGUCAGUAAAGGAAAUAUGAAAUGGAUUUCUUUGAUUAGUGAUCAGGCAAUAAUGAUGAGCAUGUGUAUAAAAGAUAUGGUUGAUGAAUUACUCAGAAAAAGAAAAGGAGGGAGAAUUAAAAAGCCUUCUGACAGAUCAAAGAGCAAAAUUCGAUUCAAACCUCGAGAUAAAAGCACUGAAGCAUUGUUUGGUCCAGAGAUAAAUGAAACCAGAGAUUCGACAACAAAGAAAAUAUCGGAAAAAAUAGCUUCAGUCAAAUCCUCGACAGGAAAUUCAAAUCCAAGCUCAAAAGACGACAUAUCACCGUUUUUAUCAAACAGCUCAGCUUUUGAAGGAAUAGGAGAUGAUGAUUUAUGAUUUAAUAAAAUCAUAGUAGCAAAUUUUCCACAAUAUGUUCAGUAUUCUAAAAGCUGUUACUACGAUCACAGUCCAAGAAAUGCUCAAAUUUAGUGUAAUGGUUAUUUCUUCAAAAAAAUCAAGUCAUAUCAAUUAGGUGCUUCUUCCUCCUCCGUUAUGCCAUACUUCACACAAAUAAUAGUUUAGAAUUGGAAAAUCAGACCAACAAAAUACUAACAACUCAAUCCUGUUUUUUCAUCUUUAUUCCAAAAUAUAGUAUAUUAUAUUCAUUGUCAAAUCAUCUAUUCCGCUUUUUAUUUUGCUGAAAAUUUACUCAUUUUAUUACUUGUUUGAGUGUGUAGAGAGCAAAGCUUGUUAUUAUUUAGAUUUCAGCUUUUCUAUUUUACAUAGUGCAAAGUUGAGAGCUCUUUCUGCUCAGGUGCUCGAAUCACUGGGUUUCCAUAGAGGUCAAUUUGACAUAUUGAAAUUACCAGUUGGUUCCAGUAAUAACCAACUCAUUGAUCAAUCAAAUUAUAUUCACUCCAUUACCAUAUAUGUCAUCUAUACUUAUACGUUCAGAACAUUGACUGCAUUGGUUCUUUUUCCUAGUGCUUGGGUAUAUUGUAUAUACACUGUGCAUUUCUGUAACAUCUACCUUUUUGGCCUUAGGUGCAGACAUCACGAGACUAAUAAGUCAAGGUGUUUGUUUCUUAUCAUACAACGAAAAGUAGCAAACAAAAAUCAUUAUUGA